AUGCGCUUAACAGCACUUCGGGCGAUAGUAGAUGAUGAUGAUGAUGAUGAUGAUGAUGAUGAUGAUGAUGAUGAUGAUGAUGAUGAAUCUGAUGAUGAUGAUGAUGAUGAUGAUGAUGAUGAUGAUGAUGAUGAUGAUGAUGAUGAUCAUGAUGAUGAUGAUGAUGAUGAUGAUGAUGAUGAUGAUGAUGAUGAUGAUGAUGAUGAGGCUGAUGAUGAUGAUGAUGAUGAUGAUGAUGAUGAUGAUGAUGAUGAUGAUGAUGAUGAUAAGGGUUUGGACGAUAAUGACAUCAUAGCCGUCCGUGCGGUGAAAAUUAUGUCUUGCAUAUUGCGUGCUGGAGAUUGA